AUGAUUUUUGAAAUUGAAGUAGGUUAUAACAGGCAAUGGAAACUUUGGCAAGCAUCAAUUAUUCUUGUCACAAACUCGAUACUUCGCUUGCAGGAUCUGUUUUUAAAUGAAAAGGGCUACAACUUUCUUCUGACUUCACGUUUCACGCAAGAUUGUGUCGAAAAUUUAUUUUCGCAAAUCAGGAUACGACAAAAAAAACCUACUGCUUUGCUAUUUAGAAACCUUUUAAAAUCCAUCAGUAUUUCACAGUUUCUUAGUGAAAUUUCUGGAUCAUCUUAUCAUCCAGAUGAAAGGGAGUGGCUUAUAGAUUUUCCAUCACAUGUUAGAAAACUUAGCCAGAAAAAAGCUCGAGAAAAGGUAACCCCACCAACAAACAACUUAACGAAGAUAGGGGAACUUGCUGCUCUGGACAUAAUUGACCAUACACAAAAGUGCGUAGUGUAUCACAUUGCGGGUAUGAUUGUUUAUAAAGUUGCGAAAUAUGGCGCAGUAUGCCAUAAAUGCAUCGAAAAAUGCUUAGCCACGUCAUCCAAAUGCCGUUAUAACAAGCUUACUAUCUUGAAGGAUUAUACCGGUCAUUCAUUGGUAUACGUUAACGACGAGACUUUCAUAUUUUUCUUAAAGCUAGAGAUCGUUUUUAAGAGUGAGAUGGAGCAUUCUAAUAAUGGAAAUGUUUUCGAAACAAUCGAAUAUCAAUUGGCAUAUAUUCCGGCCGAACACUUGAUUCCGUGA